GAGAUGAAAGGCAAGGGGAGAAGGGAGGACCGGGCGGGGAGGAGGCGAGAGGCCGGGAAGGAGAGGAGGGAGGCAGCUCGGCAGAGAGGGACGGGACGGGACGGGACCCAGCGCCCCGCGGGCCAUGCGCCUCCUGGCCGCGGCGCUGGCCGCCCUGCUAGCCACGGCCCCGGCCCCAGAUGUUUGUGAGGCUUUAAAUGUGACAGUCUCUCCGGGACCAACAGUGCGAUACUCUGAGGGAGAUAAUGCUACCCUUUACUGCCACAUUUCUCAAAAGAGAAAGACAGACAAUUUGCUGGCUGUGCGGUGGGUCUUUGCUGCAUCACCUACCCAGGAAUAUCUGAUGAUCAAAAUGACAAAGUUUGGGUCUGUCCAAUAUUAUGGAAAUUAUACUCAUAGUUUCCACAAGCAAAGACUUCAUCUGCUUAAAGAGAAACAUGGAACUAUGUACAAAUUUCUUAUUCUGAGCCUCCAGCAAACAGAUCAAGGACAUUAUAUAUGCAAAGUCCAGGAAAUUGGCAAACACAGGAAUAAGUGGACAGCAUGGUCAAAUGGCACAGCAGCUACUGAAAUAAGAGUGAUUUCAUCAAAAUCUUCUGAUGAUCCCACUUUCAAGAAAAACCAUGAAACUUGGAAGUUUUUUGAAGAUCUGUAUGUGUAUGCAGUGUUUGUGUGUUCAAUAGGAAUCAUCAGUGUCCUCCUUUUUACACUUGUCAUUCUCUGUCAGUCACUUCUGAACAAGAGGAGAUCCACAGUGAAGCAUUACCUGGUGAAGUGCCCCCAGAACAGCUCCGGGGAGACAGUUACCAGUGUGACAAGCAUGUCCCCUCUACAGCCCAAGAAGGUAAAGAAGAAGAAAGAGAAGGAGAAAUUGGAGCAGCCACCAGCCAUCCCUGCAAAAGCUCCAAUAGUCAAUAAUUUUCCUAAGCCCAAACUCCUGAAACCUCAAAGAAAAUUGACCCUGCCAAAAAUCGCAGAGGAGAAUUUAACAUACGCUGAACUUGAACUUAUGAAGCCGAUUCAGGAAGCCAAAGGCAUUCCCAGUACGACAGUCUAUGCACAGAUACUCUUUGAGGAGAACAAGCUGUAAUAGUUCAUGCCUGUAUAAAUAUCCUUUGUCUGUAUUCUAUUUAAUUCUUGCUGUGCUGUUUAUUUAUAAAAAUCAUACAAAUGUCCUUAUUUUUUUAUUUCUGUUCAUGCAUUUCUAUUUUUCUAUGAGACUUUUAAACAAAAUGUAGUUGAAAGUAAUCAUAGAAAAAGCAACUGGUCUACAAAUGACAUCCCAGAGACACCCUUCAUAAUGUUGAGUCCCCCUGUUUCAAAUGGCCUGAAGCUUCACCUGGGGCAUUUCCAAUACUAAACAUUAUUCCUUCUUUGAUGCUAAUAUGACAAAUCCAGCUGCAAACAUCAACAUCUUAGCAAGGCUCAGAAGAACUAGUGUCAGGAUCCAUGCACAUCAACUUGCUUUUGAAGACAAAGAUCACUAACCAGGAAUUUUGUCAAUUUAAUGCUGUUUUUCCAAUCAGAAAAAUAUUAGCUCAGUAAAGCUAAGACUUUUUUCUACAUCAAAGAAAAAGCUAAAAUUACUUUUUCUGUUUUUUUCCCCCUGCAGAAAUAGUUAUAAAAAGGUUUGGUUUCUAUAUUUUCAAAUUCCCUUUCUAAAUGUCAUUGUCUUUAAAAACUUAUGCUGCUCUUAGUAAACUUCUUAAGUGCUUGAAAUAAAACAUUUCAAAAUAAUCCAGAGAAAACAUUUGUAGUUAAACCCCAAUGAUUUAAGGAAGAAUAUUUAUAGCUUGGGAACAUCUUCCAGGAUUUGAUCUUUUUAAAAAUCUGAUUGGGAAUAGGAAAAACUUGAUAGUGAGUAAAAGACUGUGACAGAACCAGGACACUGCUUUUGGCCUUGAUUUAGAUUAGUGCUUCCAAAUCUGCAGAAGUUUCCUCCUGUGGCCUACAUUACUGAGCUACUGAUCUAGAGGAAAAAUCACACAGCUUCUGCUUUAGUAUAGAGCAGACUCUGUUAACGCCUUGCUCACUUUGGAGUUAUUUCUUUAGAAAGACCAGGGCUCAGGAGAUCUGGAAAUGAGCCUAAUGAGAGAGCACAAAAUACUCUUCCACUUUCUCCACCUCUUGAUAACUGAGAAAGGAUUCUUCCUUUUCCUGUGAUACACGUUCACGGAAAAUGUGGCAACCUGGGCAUUUCAGACAAGAAGGAUAGCUGGACUGAUGUUUCCAAGCUCCUAAAUCUCCAAUGCCCAAAUUCUACCAAAGCUCAGGGAGAGUUAGGUACUCAACAUCCUUCAGCCCUUGGGAAGCUUUAGCCCUUUAUUAACCACAGAGUUAAUGGAGAAGUAAAAGCAUGGGCCUUUUAUCUCACCCUCAGUCCAUGGAGAUCUGAUACUUGGCAUGUGCCAGGUCCUUUCCAGGUCUGGGAGGGAGCCCCUUGACAGGCCAUUCAUGUAGCAGUAUUUAGUGUGGAUUUUGAAGCAGCACUUGAAGGCUUUGUGUUUUGAAGUCCUAACCAAGGUGAUCCGUGUUGCUUCCUCCCUUACAGGUCAGGCCUUUUUAGAGAUACAGCCAUUUCUCACCAGGCUUCAGAGCACAGCUAGUAACCAUUGCAGGAAUACUCAUGACCUUAUUUUUGCUACUCCAUGGGAGAGCAGGAGAGGAGCGCAGGGGUGACAAUGCAGGGAUGGGGACACGCAACAAAGGGAGAGAACACAUCACUGCCUUUUGGAGGGCUUCACCAGAAUCAGAGUCUGUAUAAACUGCUUUUUAACUUUUCUGAACAGGAGUAGAGAUUAGGCAGCAUACAUAAUCUGUUACUGUAUAGCCAGGAUAUGUAAAUGUAAAAUACAGUCACCUGCUUCCAUGUUAGAUAAAAAUCUCUUGUAUAAAAAAAUAACUUAAGAAAUGCUUGUCAGGCUGGCUAUUAUGUAUGGUACUAAUUCCAACACUAGUCCCUCAUCAAAACAGUUUUUUCCAAACUAAGGCCAGCUUUUAUCAAUAGGUUUGCUAGUAUUUAUUUUCAUUUUUAAUGUUUGUAUUUGCAAGCUGUCAAGAAAAUGUUUGUUUCACCUUUUAAUUAUCCAAGGAGUUCAAUCACCCACCAAAAGGGCACAGUACUUUUCCUUGUUUUGUGAUCGGGUGAUGGACUUUCAAUGACAACAGCCAUCAACUCAUUAACCAAAAAGAAAUUGGUGCUAAAGAGUGAUCAAAUGUUCAGGGAUCAGUUUUGGAACAGCCAGAGUUUGACUGACUUUUCAGAGACGACAUCUUUUAUUGCAGACAGCUGUAAGGAAGGCCUUAGAAAAGUAUAGAGCUUAUUAGUGAUUCAUUUGGAAUUAAAAAUAAAUUCCUAACACAUUAAUGAGUCGACCACUUAGUUGUGAAACAUUUUUAAAGUCUGGUAUAUAAACAUUCCUUUUACAUACAACUGGCCAUUGUGCCCAUUGUUCAGAAAAAUCCUCUACUGUAUGUAUAUGCCCAAUAUUUCAAUGAAUAUCAUUCUUGAUGUAUUAAUAUUCUAUAUAUUCUUGUUUAUGUUUGAUAUCUAAUUCCCCAAAAUAAUAGUUAAUUGAGCUAAAUAAAUUACCUUUUUUAAUGAGAUAAGUUCUUCCAGUCUGUAUAGGAUUUAUUGCUUGCUAGACAACAGUUUGAGGAUAUGUCUUUAUCUCGUACUCAGACUUUAGACAAUCGCAAGAGGUGGGAAUUGUAUUUUUCAUUCAGCAGAAAAUUCCAUGAUUUUAGAAUAUUUUCCAUUUGUGACUGACUUCAUAAGACAGCAGAAUCCUGAAAGGCAACAGACCAGCUGAGUGAAAGGAGGCCAGAAAUCCUACUUAGGAGAAUACCCACUUUCCCAAGCAGACAUCUCCUAUGCUUUUUCUUAUGCAGUGUCCACCCAGAUUUAAUGUCAGAUCAUAUCAUUGGAGAAAGGAAAACAUCAUCCUUUAUUUUGCAAUUAAUUGUACAAAUUUAAGUAUGAAAGCAACUCACUUAAAAGACUAUGGAGAAGAAAAUUUCACUGAGUAUAAUGUGCUUUAGUGGGAAAAAAACAGAGUAAGUUGGAUUUAGCUCCUUUUAACAGGACUACAAUGUCAAAUUAAUCUCUGGCCUAACUCCCUCUGGCUUCAGCAGAACGGCCACAGAGCAGCAGCAGAACUGAAUGUGGUCCACUGUUCUUUUAUGACAGGAGCUCCCAUGAAGACUCAUAAUAACUUAUUAAGCAGCCGUUGGAGUCUGCUGAGUCAUACUAUUUUGGUUACUCCUUCUGUUGUCAUUGGUAAAACAUGGACUAGUGCUGAAAUUUUAACAAAUACAGCUCUAUUUGCUUCACACCAAUUUAGUAUCAGAUUAUUAAAUGUUAAUGUACUGCACCCUAUAGCUUUAAAUAGAAUUAGAAAUGUUUACAGCUUUGGUUAAAUGCACCUUGUUCCUCCACAUUAAAUUUUAUUACCAGAAUCCUCCAUCAGCAAAUAGGAGUAAGUCAUAUUAGUGUCACAGGCUGUGCGGGGGUUGAUUCUGCAGCCCAAGGAAAAGGUGUUUUAUUACUCUUUAUUACAACUUUCUAAUUGGUAGGUGUGGUCAGAAUGUCAUUAUCUCUGUAAUUACAAGCAAAUUAUUUGUUUUGGAAUAACUGUAACAUAAUUGUGGGGUUCUCUUCAUUAAGAAGUUCAAUAAACUUGUGUCCUUAGCCAGGAUUUGGCCAGGUUCUGCUGGCAUAGCAGGACUCAGACAAGA